UUAAAAAACGAUUCGACCAUAAUACCCUUAAAAUUACGAUUGGCGGUUCGCGUUUGUCGUGUGAGAGCACGUAUAUAUAUAAUAUUGUGCUUAUUUGUCAAUAUUGUGCUUAUUUGUUAUUAAUGUCCAUAGCCUCUGCCGUUGUUACCAAUAGAGCGGCAGGUGUGUGUAUAUAUAUAUAUAUAUCGGAGAGUUAAACCCUGUAUAUUAUCGCGUUGAAAGCGUGCAUAAAAAGUAAGUGCAUACUUGAGUUGUUAUUUGGGAUUGAUCUCGUUGUGACCAGUGAAGUUUAUUAUAUAUAAAAAUUUUAAAUAUUAAAAUAAUGGCGAGACUACUAUUAAAUGAUAUUCAUCUUUGGUAUACAGACCUAAUGGACAAGAGAAGUGAUCCGCGAGUUAAGGAUUGGCCGAUGAUGUCCUCACCGGCGCCAACACUUGCUUUAUGCAUCCUUUACGCCUAUUUUAGUAAGUCAUUAGGACCAAAGUUAAUGAGAAAUCGUAAAGCAUUCGAUUUAAGAAAACUUCUGAUCUAUUACAACUUAUGUCAGACACUUUUCAGCGCUUGGAUGUUCUAUGAGUAUUUAAUGAGCGGCUGGUGGGGUCAUUACAAUUUCACAUGUCAACCUGUUGAUUAUAGUAACAAUCCUUUAGCCUUAAGGAUGGCUCGUACUUGCUGGUGGUAUUACGUAUCAAAAUUUACAGAAUUUUUCGAUACAUUAUUUUUUAUUUUGCGUAAAAAAAAUGAACAUGUUUCAACACUGCAUGUUAUACAUCACGGUUGUAUGCCUUUCUCAGUAUGGAUGGGAAUGAAAUAUGCCCCAGGUGGACAUAGCACAUUUUUUGCAUUAUUAAAUACAUUUGUACAUGUGGUCAUGUAUUUUUAUUAUAUGAUUUCUGCCAUGGGACCUAAAUAUCAAAAAUAUAUUUGGUGGAAAAAAUAUUUAACUACAUUUCAAAUGGUUCAAUUUGUUGCUAUAUUCACACAUCAAUUUCAAUUGUUGUUCCACGAAUGUGAUUAUCCUCGCGGUUUUAUGAUUUACAUUGGAUUGCACGGCGUUAUGUUCCUGCUCUUAUUUUCCGAUUUCUAUAAAGCAAAGUACACUAAAGGAAUUCAAGCGAAUAAGAGUCAUAUUGAACGAAACGGCACGAAUUACAAGAACUGCCCAAUUAAUGGAGAAAUUUACACUAAUGGGCACAGCAAUAAAGGAGCUUGUAUGCCGGUUGUAGAUGAUGAAAAUGAUGGUAGCGCGGACCUUGACGAUUAUAAAACAAGGAGUAAUGGCAUUUAUAAGAAUGGUUUUACUAAUGGUCACAUUUUAUCCACCAAUGAAGCGAUCCUGAAUUCAGACACUAACACCUCUAGUCUUCACCAGAGAAAAGUCAAAUAAGCGCAUAAAUUUAAGUUCUAUAUAUAUAUAUAUA